AUGCGUGUGGAUUGGACAAAAAUUGAAGGGUGGUAUAAAAGCAAAUGGGGGGUUCAGUCAAUGUCUACGGCCAUUGGUGUGCGAGUUUUCUCUUUCUUCUUGUUCUAG